AUGGAUUUUGGUUUGGAAGGUAAACAGGCUUUUGUGGGCGGGGCCAGCCGUGGCAUCGGCAAGGCCAUCGCGCUGGAACUGGCCCGCGAGGGCGCGGACGUGGUGGUGGCGUCGCGGUCGAUGGCCGACCUGGAGAAGGCUGCUGCCGAAAUCAGUGAGCUUACGGGUCGCCGCAUAAUUCCGAUGUCAUUCGACGCCACGCAGCGCGACCAGGUUGACCGGGUCAUCAACGACGCCGCCCAGGCGUUGGGCGGUUUGCAGAUACUGGUCAACAGCGCGUCCCUGCCCGGCGGCUCACCGUCCGCCACGGGACCAAUCGAAGGGCUGGUUGAUGAAGACCUGAUGAGCGACUUCGACGUGAAAUUCAUGGGCGCCCUGCGCUGUGCACGGGCCGCGAUUCCCCUGCUGAAAGAACAGGGCUACGGCCGCAUCAUCAACAUCAGCGGGCUAAACGCCCGCAACGCCGGCAACCUGAGCGGCGGCGCGCGCAACGUCUCGAUGGUUCACAUGACCAAGACGCUGGCAACCCAGCUGGGGCAGUUCGGGAUUACGGUCAACUGCAUCCAUCCGGGCACGACGCGCACCGAGCGAACGCCGAGCCUGCUGGCCGCCCGCGCCGAGCAGUUGGGAGUGUCUCCCGAAGAGGCCGAACAGCAGGACUUCUUGCCCGGUUCAGGCCGCGGCAACCACAUCUGCCGCAUGGUCGACGCCUCCGAGAUUGGCUACCUCACCGCGUUCCUGGCCUCUGACAAGGCCUGGGCCAUCACGGGCGAGUUGAUCGCAGCGGGAGGCGGCACCGGCGCCGCCGUCUAUUACUGA